AUGAAGACCUUCUUCCUCCUUCCGGUGACACCCUUCCUCCUUUUCCUCUUGCUUCGGCUACCCGGCAGGACUCUGGCCAGCGACUGUCCCCAGGACUGCUCCUGCUCCACCCCAGAAUCCAUCUUCUGUUUCCAGCGCCGCUCCGCCACCAUGCCCCACGGUGUCCCGGCACCCACCAAGAACCUCUACCUCUUCGCCAACGGCAUCGAGACCCUGGCGGAGGAGGACUUCGUGGGGAUGGAGAGCCUGGAGAUGCUGGAUCUGAGUCAGAACAAACUCACCAAACUGCUCGACCGGGUGUUUGAGCCUCUGACUUCCCUGAGGAACUUGGACCUCUCAGCCAACCAGAUCACCCAUCUGUCAGAGGAGAGCUUUGCGGGCAUGGCCCUGCUGGAGAGGCUGUACCUCUACAGCAACCACAUCCAGACUAUUCACCCCGCCGCCUUCCAAGGCCUGGAGCAGCUGCUGGAGCUCAAGCUGCAGGGCAACCAGCUCACCUCGCUCCCUGCCCUAGCCAUGCCUAGGCUGCUGCUGCUGGACCUCCGCUUCAACACCCUCCCAUCCCCGGGGUCAGCCGACCUCCAGAUGCCCAACCUGGAGUCUCUGAAGCUGGCCGGCCUGGGCCUCAAAAGCCUGGACGAGGACCUGAUGGCCAGCCUGGGGAACCUCCAUGAGCUGGACAUCUCCGGCAACCAGUUAGGCUCCUUCCCCCUGGCGCUGAGGGAGGCCCGGGGCCUGAUCCACCUGAGCCUGGCCGGGAACCCCAUGGGCCCACUGACGCUGGAGGACCUGCAGAACUUGGGCGAGCUCCAGGAGCUGGACAUCAGCAACUUGAGUCUGCAGGGCUUGCCUGACGGGUUUGCACAGCUUUUCCCUCACCUGACUAAGCUGACGGUGGCCGAGAACCCCUUCAACUGCCUGUGCACCCUGGCCUGGUUUCCCGGGUGGCUCAGGAACCAGGGGGUGACACUGGGCAGGACGGAGGAGACCCGCUGCCACUUCCCUCCCCUCAACGCUGGGAAGGUGCUGGAGAGGCUGGAGCACAGGGAGUUUGGCUGCCCCACCACCACUACUGUCACCGCUAGCACAGUCAGAACCAGCACCACCAUGCCCCCUCCGGUCACCACCCUGCCCAGCACCACCCCAGCCAUCCCUGCACCCGGGCCCAGUGAGGAGGACACCUCAACUGGGACAGACAGCCAGCCCCUGCCCCCCGUCCGUGCCUCUCCCAGCAGCAGCAGCCAAGACCAAGAGGUGGACUUCUUCUGCCCCUCCCAGACCUGCUUGAACGGGGGCACCUGUCGGCUGGACAGGCAAGGCCACCUGGAGUGCACCUGCCCUCGUGGCUUCUACGGCACCUAUUGCGAGAACCGCCAUUACCCCCACCCUCCUCCCGAUCAGGAUCACAAUGACAACAACAACGACAUUUCCGCGGCAACCGUCACCGCCGACGCCCCCGACAUCAGCUCGCGCCUGGUGACCAGCUCCUCCAUCCUGCUGGACCUGCACCGCUACAUCGAGGCACGGCCCUACAUCCGCGGCAUCCGUCUAACCUACCGCAACCUGUCGGGGCCCGACCGGCGUCCCAUGCAGCUCAGCGUGCCCGCUUCCUACCCGGAGUACACCCUGAGGGGGCUGAGGCCCAACUCCACCUACACGGUGUGCGCCAGCCCACUGGGCGACCUCAACGGUGGGGACAGCGUCUGCACGGAGGCCCACACAACGGCCCAGCAGCACACUGCCACGGGGAGGCAGGUGGAGGACAAGAGGCUGACCACCAUGCUGCUGCCGGCUCUGGCCAUCCUGCUGCUCCUAGUCCUGGUGGCAGCCGCCGUGGGGGUGGUGUGCUACAUAAGGAAGAAACGGGCCAAGGGGCAAAUGGAUCUGGACUGUGAGCCAGCCCAGCUGGAGCUGGAGGGAGUCAAGGCUGGUUUGGACAUUGGAGGGGGAAUGUCCCAAAAGCAGCCGGAGCCGGCUGUGGUUCAAAAUGGCGGCCUGGAGUACGAGGUGCUGCUAAUACAGGAUCAUUGCACGGCGAACAACAACAUGGCUCUCUCUCAUAAGCCCUCUUAUUUCUGA